CCCUUUUUCACUAGUCUCGGCAACAAGAGUCUCGGCGCCGGCGCUGCCCUCUCAAGGUUGAUAAACAAAGAGGUCAAAGAAAAGGGAAAAGGGAAACGCACGAGGGUGACGAGGGCGGCAUGUCUUUUUGCACCGGUAAACAAACGUACUAUUUAUCCAGUUAAAUUAACCUUCGUUGGUCGAGAUGGCAGAGGCCGUGGAAAUGCUGAAAGGCGAGAUGAGGAGAGCCCAUCAGGAGAGACGAGCAGACAGGAAAAACAGGGAAAUGAUGUCCCGUCGAGGGGUCAAGCUCGACAACGACUCUGACUUUGUCCGGCUCGAAGAAGUCAAGCCUUUGGCCGAGGCAGUUAAGAGAAAGGGGCACAUGGACGUUGAAGUUUUGGUCAAACUCCAGAAGGCUCUUCUUCAGGGCAACGAAUUUGUCUCGGCCUUUCUGUCUGUGAGCGGUGCUUUUGCCGGCAUCGUAAGAGACUUCUCAGGUGUGCGGCCAAAUUAUGCUCUUCGUGCUGCUUUUUGUCUUUGCAACCUGUCUGUCAACACAAAGUCUCUCAGUUGGAGACAAACUAAAGCCGUAGCCCCCUAUCUCAUGGUGCAUCUUGACGGAAUGAAUUCACAAAUGCUGGAUGCAUGUGCGUGGGCGGUUGGCAAUCUCUCUCUUGUUGAUGAGCAAAGCUGGGAAAUUCUGCAUGAAUUGGGUGCUUUGCAAAAAUUAGUCAAACUGCUGAACAAUACCAAUGAGGCUGUGGUUACUUCCGCAGUCUACUCUUUAACCCACAUCACCGAAGCAAGAAUUGCAAAAUUAAACCAACAGGAAUUAAAGGAUAUUUCCAGUGCGAUUUCUCCUCAAACUUUGGCCGCCUGCGAUUUGUCAAGACUCAUAUUCCAGCUUUCGACGACAGGGGUUUGCGAUUUGGAACUCUCGUCCCCUGCUGUGGUCAAUGCAGCCAUCCUGAAGCUGCAGAAUCAUCUUCAGAGCAGCGACCUUCAUGUUGUAGACGUGCUCAGUGAGGUAACUUUUCUCAUCCGUUACUUGGCCAAUGUGUCUUCGACUUGUCCGUCGAGUGCGCACUCAGUUUUAACUGCUUUGGUCGGAGCGAAUAUUAAUCUGCUCAACUCCAGUUUUCCACAUUUGCAAAGUGACUUUAGCUGGCUAAUAGCCAAUCUGCUCAAACACCCGUGCGAAGAGACCAGAGAAGAGGCCUCAAAAUGCUUAUUAAAAAAUUAAGAAUUUUUCAAAAUGGUCAAUUUUUUUAUUCUUUGCAAUAUCAUAAAUAAUGCGUCUUUAUUCAAUUUGUGAUCGAUUGAAUGGCAACCAGGAUUUGCCGGUGGUUUAAGUGAUUCCGCAAAAGUAUGCCAGUAAUUGAAUUACGCUCAUCUAGGCUGCAUAUGCCACCUCAUUAUAAAGUGAGCGUGCAGCCAGAUAGGUUGAGAAUAAGUUCAAGCCGCCUUAUGCUGCUUUAUAUGGAAUCGCCAAAGAAACCAAAAUACACCUCUUUGUCUACAAAUAAAAUCUAACAAAUAUUAUAUGAAAUCCAGAUGUUUUGUUGAAUAGGGCGUUUUGAUUUUUGUUGGCACUCUUCUUAAAACAUAAGAAAUUACAAUUUCGUUCAUUGGCAGGAUUCUUAUGACAUAAUUAUGAUAUUAUCAAAUUCUGAAGUGUCAAAAUAUUGUCAAUUAUUAUUAAUCCUAUUUUGUAAUUGGUAAAUUUGAUUACUUUUUGUAAUUAGAAGUCAUUUAAAUUUGAAAUACGUGGAAUAUGCUUUGUAUGCCAAAUUUCAUA